CUAAGUUAACACUAGACCACUCCUUUCUUUCUCUCUCUCUCUCUCUCUCUCUCUCUCUCUUUUUCUGAGUAUCCCCAAACUUAGAAAACAAAGCCCACCUCUCGAAUAUUCCCCAGAAUCCCUUGUUUCCAACCUCAGAGCUCUUACCCGAUCGGUACCCUCAAUCAAAUUCGGCAGCUUGAUCGUAAAGUUCGGAUCUUUUUGUAAAUUGGAGAUUUUUUUUUGUUUGGGAGAUUUGGGAAAUUAGGGUUUGGUUUUGUAAAGAUUGGAUUUUUGGUGGGUUAGGGUUUUGGUGGGAGAUGAGGAUCGAGCAAUUGGAUGAGCCGGAGUUGGAUCGGAGUGAAGGGAGGCAGAUUGUGAGGGUUGACGAAGCGAAGAGAGCUCUUGUCGGAGCCGGGGCUCGGAUCCUGUUUUACCCGACCCUUUUGUAUAAUGUGCUUCGGAAUAAGAUGGAAGCUGAGUUCAGAUGGUGGGAUGAAGUUGACCAGUUUGUGCUCCUUGGCGCGGUUCCAUUCCCCAAAGAUGUUCCCCAGCUGAAACGACUUGGUGUUGGAGGUGUUAUCACGCUCAAUGAACCUUAUGAAACAUUGGUUCCUUCCUCUCUGUAUCAUGCCCAUGGAAUUGAGCAUGUAGUAAUCCCCACACGUGAUUAUCUCUUUGCGCCUUCAUUUGAAGAUAUCAGCAGGGCAGUGGAGUUCAUUCACAAGAAUGCAUCAUAUGGUAGAACUACUUAUGUUCACUGCAAAGCAGGUCGGGGAAGGAGCACUACCAUUGUGCUUUGCUAUUUGGUGGAAUACAAGAAUAUGACACCGUCUGCUGCCCUGGAGUAUGUGCGAUCCAGAAGGCCUCGUGUGCUACUUGCCCCCUCACAGUGGAAGGCUGUUCAAGAAUACAGCAGAUGUUGUAGAGCUACCAGUGCAUGCUCUCCCUCAGGAGAUGCAGUUCUUAUUACGAAAGAUGACCUUGAAGGGUAUCAUGGCUGUUAUGACAAUACUGCUGGUAAGCAGUUGACAAUGGUACCUAAGAUGGUGAAAUCCAGUCCCAUGAUAGCACGGUUGUCCUGCCUUUUUGCGUCCUUGAAAGUUUCCGGUGGACCAGUCACAAGGCGGCUGCCAGUUCCAGAGCCACGCGCUUGCUGAGCCCCUAAUAGAAGAAGUGGCAGGAGUUGUUUGUUUGUACAGUCGAGGAACAAUUUUGGAAGUUUUACGAAGUUCCAAGGUUUUCGGUAUCUUCAUGUUCAUUGAGAGAGAAGGUAAAUGAAGAAAAUAAGGG